AUGAGUAUCGGAGAAGGGGUGGUGGACACCAAGUCCUGCGUCGCCGCAAUCAUCUCCGCAUACCAUGAUGGCGCGACGAUGGUCCAGCGCAUAAAGGCCAAGCGGGCCAGAGACCAUGUAGCACCACCGCCUCGAGUACUGGAAGAGAGCAUUGAUCAGGCACCGGACGAGAUACAACGAGGGGUGAAGAAGGGUGCUGCACUUGUCGGAGAGAUAUUCGAAAGAGGAGAUCAGGAUGCGAUCACCGCGCUGCAGCAAGUAGCGAUAUCUUUGCAGAAGAGUUUGCUGCGAACGCUAGGAGAUGCUAUGCUUGAAGAUGACGCGACUGUGGACUAUGAGGAGUUGAUUGAUGCUGUAGACGCAUGCAGAAAUAAGACUAUAGAGGUGUUGUUGGCGCUUGGACAGAGGCUGUUGCAGUCGGAUGCUGCAGUCGAGGACACAAAUGGCUCGUUGACGGAUGGGCAGUCGACAGGGGACGAGAAGUCAAUACGGGAAAAGUCAGUCCUCAAGUCCUCGACCGAGCCGUCUCCUACACGAGAGCCACCGCCCAUUCACCGCCGGACCUGGACACGAGAGUAUGGCGGAUCUGGAGACGAAGACGAUACCGAGCCUGGCGCAGACGACCCUCGAGGUCGAUUUCGCCGGCGCAGACACUAUACCGCCUCUUUGCUAGGCUUCCUCAAACACGACCGCAACAAGAGCGGUACCAACGACAUCUCCGCUGUCCCGUCCCGUCGUACUUCUGCGUCGCCCAUCAGAGACCCUUCUUGGACUGGCACGCCCUCACGCCGCCACACCCGCAACGCCUCCACUAUAACACAAGAAUUAGAGAAUGAGUCUCCGCCAAACUUCACUUUUCAAGAAGGAGACGACUAUCUCCGCCAGCACUCCGUGGAAACCUCUCGAGGAGACACUCUCUCCAUAGCCCCGGACGCUCUUCUAGCGCCUGCGACUGCCCAGCCUCGCGACUCGUCCCUCAACGUACCGCAUCCCAGCCCAGCGAACAGCUACCUCGGCUUCUGUCCUGGUGCAUGGAGGCUGCAGACUGGGGAUCGAACAGGUGCGCUCAAAACUUGCAAGGAGUUUAAUGACGGCUGGUCGCAUAGCAGGGUCUACUAUCUCGCCUGUACAGCUCACAAGUGCGUGUUCGCGGCGCAUAUGGAUAUCUCCAUCAUCUGGAACAAGGUGUGGAAGUUGCGGGAGGAUUGGGGCGUGAAGUUCAGGUGGACCUUCCUGGCGAAAUCCCACAUCUCGCAGAACCGGCGCAUGGCAGAGACUGGUUAUGUGUAUCGGUGCAUGUUCUGUGUCCUCCUGGGCAAAGAAGGCGAGGAGGUAUGGCAGGGCAACGGCGCUGAAGCGUAUCUGGAGCACAUCGCGCGCGAGCACAGAGGCCAGGUGCUGGGCGAUGUCGUCUGUUACAAGUUGGCCUGCGUGAAUGACCGGAUCUGCGCGGACGAUGAGGAUUUUGACAUCAACCUCUACCCAACGGUCGAGCAGGAGGACUUUGCCUUCCGGGGCGGGAGGCAGAGGGAUGGGUCGAUUGCUCGAGCUGCGACGGCAUCGUUUGAGGCGCCGAUUAAGCCUGAGCCACGGCGUGCCAGCGGGCCGUGGAAUGAGGGUCUGUCGGAUUUCCAUGAAGGGGGCGAGAUCGAGCGAACAGAGCGGGAAUGA